UCUCUUCUAAGUCGUAUUCGACUUCGACCUUAAUCUUGAAUGAAGAAACAAGUGGGGGUCUUUUGAUUAAUUCUUACAGUCGGGUUGGCUUCAGACUGAAUAAUGGAAUGAUGGCUUUUGGGCCAAUAGCAAUUUUUCCUAAAUCAAUAUUGAGCUGGAAUGUUCAAAGUGCUGAAGACAUAAAUGAGGAUUCAUUAUCACUGUUUUACACUCUGGAGCCAAAAAUUGACAUACUCGUCAUUGGUAUUGGUGAUCCCAUCAAAAAGUUACGUCAUAACAUUAUUAAAUACAUGAAAGACAAGAAGAUCAAUCUGGAAAUUUCAACAACUGAAAGAGCUUGUGCAACGUUCAACUUUCUUAAUGUUGAAGGACGAUGUGUUGCAGGUGCUCUGAUUCCACCUACAAAAUAUCGAAUUAACGAAGAUGAUAUCGUAUCAACACAGCGGCAAAACCGAAAACUUAUGACAGUAGACGAAUAUCAAAUCAUUUAGAUACUAUUUCAUGUAGAACAAAUUGAAGCGCAAUUAAUCUAAAUAAAGAUCUUUAAAAAAUGUAA